UGUCAAGCGAAGACGUAAUGUAAUAAUAAGACGAAGUUUGAUGAGUUAUUUUAUUAAAACCAGCCCAACAAGUGCCAUAAAGAAAUGGGGUCUGGCAGAAGUAAAGAAGCUAAUGAUGUAGACGAGAGUGGGCCUCUUAUAAAUCCAGAAAACAAUGGCAAUGGUAGCCAAGGUAACAGAAGAGGUAAUGGAGGAGAAGCAGAGUUGUCUGACCCAAAUGAGAGAAUAAUAAGACAUCCAAUACAGUAUUAUUCUAUAAAUAGACCAACUGAAAUUGAGGCUAGUGUGGACAGACAAACGGAAGCAGCUGUACACAGAUAUAAAUAUUAUAAUAGGCUAGCUGCUCAGAGUAAUGGACCACUAGACAUGCCAGAUCAUGUUGUACCAGCUAAUUUUACUAUUAAAGUUUAUGUACCAGUUACAGGUCAACAGAGUAGUCUUAUAACUAUUUUUUCGCUGUGGAAUACGAUGAUGGGGACGUCUUUACUCAGCAUGCCCUGGGCUAUAAAACAGGCAGGUUUUGUAUGUGGUAUAGUGUUACUGAUCUUUAUGGCAGGAGUCAUGCUGUAUACAAGUUACAGAGUUCUCAAAUCUGUUGAUGUUUUAAAGGGUAAAGUAGAUGUCUUGGAGUUCUCUGAUGUUUGUAAACAUUAUUUUGGUAAAACAGGAGAAUUGGUAGCAGUUAUCUGUUCUUUAUUAACUCUACUGGGUGGAAUGAUUGUAUACUGGAUUCUAAUGUCAAACUUUUUAUAUCACGUUGUUUCAUUUAUACAUGAUCAUGCUGUGAAUAAUUUUAACACAACAACUUUGGUUAAUCUUACAAAAUAUUCAGAUGCUGUUUGUCCGAAGGCCUCGAUUCCAGAAAAUUCAACAUUUGGAUAUUCCGAGACGCAUGUUGGGGAUUCCCUAAAUGAAGGAAAUUUCUAUAAAAUCUGGGAUGAACAGAUGACCGUACCAUUUUUCCUCAUCCUCGUUCUUUUUCCCAUCAUUAAUUUUAAAUCUCCGACGUUUUUCACAAAGUUUAACGCAUUAGGAACUGUGUCUGUUGCUUAUUUGUUUGUUUUUGCUGCUGUUAAAGCAGCGAAAUGGGGAAUCCAUCUUGAUUUUAAUUCUGUUAAUUCUGUUUUACCUGACUACACCACAGAUUUUAAAAUGACAUUCCCUGCAUUAACGGGUAUUUCAGCAUUAGCUUAUUUUGUACAGAAUUGUUGUAUAUCCAUUACACGAAACCAAAAAAAUCCACAAAAUAAUAUACGAGAUUUAACGAUAGCGUAUUUGUUAGUAUGUGGAACGUAUGUUUAUAUGGGUGUCAUUUUCUAUUCCUCAUUUCCACUCGCCAAAUCUUGUAUUGAAGAUAAUUUAUUAAAUAAUAUAGAAACUAAUGACAUCAUGGCAUUUGUGGCAAGAAUUGGUCUGUUUUUCCAAAUGCUGUGUGUUUUUCCUUUGUUGAUAUUUAUACUACGGUUACAGUUCAUGCAUUCUGUAUUUGGUUCCGUCUGGCCAAGUUUAAAACAUGUAUUGGUGUUAAAUGUUGUAUUAAUUGGUGUCUGUAUCAUCUUCGCCAUCUUUUUACCUCAUAUUGGUAGAAUUAUUGGGUUAAUGAAGAUGGGCAUUCAUCCAGCAGUGUAUUAUUCGACAAAUUCUAUCCAGACACUGGCAUUCUGA